AUGGCAACAUCCUACCCCCGCCCGGACUUCCAACGCAGCUCUCUAAACUGGAAUACCCUAGACGGUCCCUGGACCUUCACCUUCGACGACAAAGACGAAGGGCUAAGCUCGCAAUGGCACAAAACCACCCUCCAGGGAAAACCCUCCCACCAGAUAACAGUCCCAUAUGCCUUCCAAACCCCAGCCUCGGGUGUAAACCUCAUCGAAGCGCACGAGGUAAUGUGGUACGAGCGACGCAUCAAAGACAUCCGCACAGCCGGUGAAAAACAAAACGGGAAUAAACUCCUCCUCCGCUUCGGCGCUGUCGAUUACGAGUGCUCUGUCUGGGUAGAUGGUAUCCUUGUCGGCGGACACCGUGGUGGACAUGUGCCAUUCGAUAUAGAUAUCUCCGACGCCCUGACCGACGGCGCUACAGAGGCUCGGCUCACUCUUCGGGUUAGAGACUCGCCUUAUGACAUGACCCAACCGCGUGGGAAGCAGUACUGGGGUCCCGUGCCGCAGAAUAUCUUCUACACGCCCAGCGGGGGUAUCUGGCAGUCUGUUUGGUUGGAGAGUGUUCCGACUAUGCGGUUGCUUUGUGGGAGUGGAGGGACGGUGUUUCGGUCUGAUGAUAUUGAACGCGGCCAGUUGCAUGCAAAGGUUCAUGUUGCCGGACGUCGGGUUGGAAGUGCGGCGAAGGUCGAGGUUGAAGUGUCCCUUGGAGGGCUGAGUAUUGCGAAGGUCGACGGCGAGCUGAUGCAGGAUAAAACCUUUGCUGCGGUUGAUUUGGGUAUAAAGGUUACUGAAGCUGCAGUGGGGAACUUGAAGACAAAGAGCCCGGAGUUGUUUGGCGUUGAUGGAGUCUGGAGUCGGGGUGUUGCGCUCUGGGCUCCGGAGCAUCCUGUCCUCUAUGAUAUCACGCUUCGUCUGUUCGAUGGGGCCGGAAGUCUUGUUGAUGAAGUCCAGACUACAACCGGAAUGCGCAGUCUAUCCUGGCAAAACGGCGAUGGAACAUUCCGACUGAACGGAAAGCCGUAUCUUCAGAUGCUAUUCCUGGACCAGGGAUACUGGCCCGAAACAGGCAUGACACCUCCUUCCUCUGAGGCUUUGAAAACAGAUAUCAAGCUAGCGCAGAAACUCGGCUUCAAUGGAUGUCGCAAGCACCAGAAAGUUGAAGAUCCGCGCUUCUACUACUGGGCAGACCGGAUGGGCUUCCUCGUCUGGGGCGAGAUGGCAAAUGCCUACGAGUUCGACACUGACUACAUUGAGCGGUUUACCAGCGAGUGGACCGAGGCCGUGAAGAGGGAUAUCAACCACCCAUCGCUGGUCACCUGGACACCGCUUAAUGAGUCGUGGGGUGUAUCUGCCUUGAAGGACAAUAUCGAGCAGCGUAAUCAUGUUCGCGCUCUGUACUACUUGACCAAGAUCCUCGACCCUAGCAGACCAAUCAACGACAACUGCGGCUGGGAACACGUCAAAACAGAUCUAACAACCUUCCACGAUUACAGCGACUCCGUUGAACUGAGUGCAGCAUGCGCUACCAUGUCAGGAAUCCUCGAAUUGAAAGGUGGGCACGAGGUUUUCACCAAACCGAUCUACUCUGGAUAUUCCGGCUCCGUGAUCGUCGAUAAAGGUGCCCGGCAUACUCCUGGUGCACCGGUGAUCUGCACUGAGUUUGGCGGGGUUAAUAUCGCACCGCCUAAGGACUCUGCUGCUGCCGGGGAGCGGGACUGGGGGUAUACGACUGCGAGUGACCCGGCAGAUUUCUUAGUGCGAUUUGAGAAGCUGGUCAUGGCGGUUGUGAAGCCAGGACAUAUUUGUGGGCUUGUCUGGACUCAAUUAUGCGAUAUCGAGCAGGAGGUGAAUGGUCUGUAUACUUACGAUCGUAAAGAGAAAGUUCCUGCAGAGAAGGUGAAGGCGAUUAUGGAUGCUGCGAGGGAUCAUUACUACCAGCAUCUCACGUCUCAUCACUCGAAGGGUUUCAAGAAGCUACUGGAUCAGUAUAAGAAUAUUGUGCAUCGUUAG